AUGUCAACAAGCACUCCUAAAGGAAAAUCAGGAACUCCUAGACGUGGAGGGUCAAGCUCUAAAAAAGAAGCAGUAGAACCAGCUGAAGAGACUAAAACUCCUUCAAAAUCUGUAGAAGAAGUCAAAAGGGCAACUCCAAGAUCAAGAUCUCGCACCCCCGCCAAAAGUCCUAAAUCCUCAGCUAAAAAACCAACCCCAGCUAAAUCACCAAAAUCCCCUGCGAAAACUCCAGCAAAGACUCCAGAAAAAUCCCCAGCAAAAACUCCAGCAAAGUCGCCAAAAUCUGGGGCCAAGUCUCCUUCAAAAAUGCCAAAACAAUCAACCAUGGCUGAAACUGCAGCAGCUGGAAAAGGAUUCCUGGAAGAUAGUUGCUGAUUUUUUUUUAAAAAAAUUAAAAUAUAAAAUUGUAAAUUGAAUAUUUAUAUAAUAUUAAGCCUUCUCUUAUAGUAUUUUUAUUAUGAAUAUCUAUAUUAAUCAGUAUAUAAAUCAUAAAUUUAGCUCUUAUUAUUGUAAUAAUCGAUCUAUAAAGAAUCAUUAAUAAAAACGGAUACAGAUAGCUAUUAGUAUUUCCUAAUUAAUCUGAAAGGAGAAUAUAAAAUUAAAAUUAUUUUUCGUAAAAUGAAAAAAGAUAGCAAUAUUCCUUCUCAUCAGAAAAAGACAAGAGCUUCCUCUUCAGCAAAGAAAUCAAGAAGAAAGACACCAUCUAAAGAUUAA